UUCUGUCACCAUUUAUUUCCACCAUUUAAAACUCACAUUGAAAAUCGACUUCCCUCUCCCCAUUUGACUCUGCAGAUUCAUUUCCACAGAAAAAAGAAAAAAACAGGUAAAUUUUCUUGAUGGGCUUCUCCAUUUGGUCUUGGGUUUGUUGGAACCACAUGGAAUUCUUCAUACUAUAUGAUUGAUUCAUUCUGAAAGCUGCAAUCUUGGGGUGAGUUUUUCUCAUAUUUUUCCUUCGAAAAGAUGGGCUCCCUUUUCCUGGGAUUCAAACAAAGAAACUCUCUUCCUUCCUCACAACCAUAUUUCCUUUCUCAGCCAAUCCCACCUCCACCACCCAAUAUUCAGUCAGAUAUCUUCAAUUUGAACAACAGGGUGAGUCCAAGCAUAUUGCUCAUCAUUAUAAUUCUUGCCAUCAUUUUCUUUGUUUCUGGUUUGCUUCACCUGCUUAUUAGAUUUCUUAUGAGACCCCAAAAUAGAGACCCAGAUGAUUUGGAGAGUGUGACUGCUCUUCAAGGGCAACUGCAGCAACUCUUCCACCUCCAUGAUGCUGGGGUGGACCAAUCCUUCAUAGACACCCUCCCUGUCUUCAAUUACAAAGCAAUUAUAGGAUUGAAGAACCCCUUUGACUGCGCUGUCUGUCUUUGUGAAUUUGAGCCUGAAGACAAGCUCAGAUUGUUGCCAAAAUGCAGCCAUGCCUUUCACAUGGAGUGCAUAGACACAUGGCUUUUAUCCCACUCCACUUGCCCUCUUUGUAGAGCUAGCUUGCUCCCUGAUUUCUCCCCAAACCACAACUGCUCACCCAUUGUGUUUGUUCUUGAAUCUGGAAGUGAAAGCUCUAGAGAGAUUGUUUCAGAGGCUGCUCUUGGCAGAACCAGCUCAGUUCUGGGUUCUCAUCAUUUCAGUGAAUUGGGGUCUACCCGGAUCGAUUUAUUACAUAAAUCCUGCGAGUUUGCUGCAAAAGAAGAUGAAGCCAGUCCAAAAGAAAUGGUGGGUUCAGAUGAAAAAGUAGUGACUGUUAAGCUUGGGAAGUUGAGGAAUGUGGAUGGUGGUGUUGGUGGUGAAGGUAGUAGCAACAACAAAGUGGAUGCAAGAAGGUGCUUCUCUAUGGGAUCAUUUGAGUAUGUAAUGGAUGAGAAUUCUUCGUUGCAAGUACCCAUUAGUACCAAAAUCAAGAAGCAGCCAAGUAAGAAGCGUGCUCUGCCAUUAACACCAGGCCACAGGACUGCAAUAUCUGAAUGUGACUGUGAAUCCAGAAGAGAAUUCAAGUUCAAUGCUUUUGAAGCAAUUAGGGAUGUUGAACAUUGUGAAGGUGCAAGCAUUGGCAAGGGCGAUGCUGUGAGGGGGAACAAAAGAGAGAGCUUCUCUGUAUCAAAGAUUUGGCUAAGAGGGAAGAAGGAGAAGUCGAAUGCAGCUGCCGCCGCCGCAGACACGUCGAGGCGGGCGGUUUCAUUCCGGUUUCCGGUGCAGCAGAGUGUUGUUGAUGCUGAAGAUUUGAAGGCCAAGAAUGGGGAUUGUUGUGGGAGGAGAAGUAUUUCUGAGAUUGACAUUGGGAUGUGGGAGAAUGGAGGGAGUGAAUUGGGUUGUGAUGGGGAAAGGCAGAGCAGUAACAGUUUGGACUCUCAAAUAUCAAACACACCAUCUUUUGCAAGGCGGACAUUGCUUUGGCUUAUGGGAAAACAGAACAAGGUUGUUCACUCAUCUGAAGCUCCAACUGUUUAGUGUUUCUUUCUUUUCUUUUUUUUUUUCUUUGAUUUUCUUUCUUAGAUCAACUUUCAAUUUGAUUCCUUAUUAUGGAAGCCAACAUUGGAAGAUCUGCAGUAGAGAAUAGAAACAAAAUAUUUCAAGUGUGAAAGAGAUCUGAAUACAAAAGUUUCUGCAUUUCACUGCAAAAUUUUAUUAUAGCAGAUAUUCAUGUGUUACAACUUCAUAUUCCUUAAUGAU